AUGCCUCCAAAGAAGUUCCAGUCACUUGAUGACUUUCUAGGCGAUGAUACGCCCAAGAAGAAUCAAGUUCAGUCGCCAUUUGGUGGCUAUUAUACGAAGAAAGCGAGCGAAACCGGUAAUCAGAACUCGCGGAACUGGAACGGCGGCAGCCAGUACCAAAAACAGCGCGCACAUCCACAAUACAGUGGACAAACCAACCAACAAUACCAGGGAAACUAUCAGAACUACCAGCAAAGCCAGGGGUACUAUCAAAACUAUCAACAGCAGCAGUAUUCCCAACAGAGCUAUUCGUCGAACGUUUCCCCUGUAAGCAGUGGGACACCCUCUCGUGUCUCUUCAUCGGUAUCUGUGAGCUCGCUCGCAAACAGCCUGGCAGGCUUGGAAGUUUCCCCCGUUUCUGCCAUUUUGCAGAAAAUUCCAGAGUGUACAACACUUGCUGAAUGUAAAAAGACCAUCCAGGGCAUCAUAGAUGAGCUGAACGUUGAGGGCCGUUCAUUGAGCUGCAUACAAGAGUGGGACCUAGGAGAAGCGAUCACAAAGCUGUCAAAGCCGAAAUCACCUGCUUUGCAACAAGAAGCUGCCAUGCUGCUCAUCUCCCAGCUGGCCAACAGUGUAAGCGGGAAAACGCCCGAGGAGGCAUAUUUGAUCCCAUUUGUACCGUUAGCACUGGACAGCAUGCCUAACAAGGAGAACAAUGUGAAACGCGCUAGUCAGCACGCAGUAGAUGCGAUUUUUGGCUUACUUCCAAUCGAAGCCCAAACUAGCGUUUUGCUGCCAGUACUUUUGUCGUACCUCAAAUCUGGUGUGAAGUGGCAGUCCAAGCUGGCCGCAUUGCAACUCAUAGACCGCAUCAGGGAAGAAUCGCCAAACGACUUACUUGAAAUGACGUUCAAGGAUACCAUUCCAGUAUUAACGGACGUUGCCACCGAUUUCAAGCCUGAAUUGGCCAAGCAGGGUUAUAAAACUUUAUAUGACUAUGUGUCCAUUUUGGACAACUUGGAUCUUUCUCCUCGAUUCAAGCUGAUUGUCGAUACUCUGCAAGAUCCCACGAAGGUACCAGAAUCUGUCAAGUCUUUAUCCAGCGUUACUUUCGUUGCCGAAGUUACAGAGCCCGCUUUAAGUAUUCUGGUGCCGAUCUUGAACAGGUCUUUAAAUCUUUCCUCGUCUACACAGGAACAGCUCAGACAAACCGUCAUCGUGGUUGAAAACUUAACUAGACUGGUCAACAACCGCCGUGAAAUUGAAAGCUUCAUUCCUCUACUGCAACCAGGCGUAGAAAAAGUUCUUAAAACAGCCUCAUUGCCGGAAGUUCGUGAGCUUGCUGAAAAGGCACUCGACGUUUUGAUAGAGGAUUCAAAGGAGGAUGAGAAAUUUUCCGGCAAGAUAACACUGACAGAAGGCACUGAGUUCCUGCAGAAGCAGCUCGAUUUCACUCCGUACGCUUUGAAGGAAGACUCUGUAAUUGUGGAGUAUCUAUCAAAGAUCAUAACUUUUGAUGCCAAUGUCAAUGACUGGAAAAGACUGGAAGAGUACUUGACUUUAGUCUUUGGUACCGACAGUGCGGCUUUCGUCGAUGAACAUUUUGUCCAGCAGUUGAGGCAUCUUUUCCAUCAAGAGGUUGCUGCAACGAACGACGACGAAGGAAUUGAGAUUGUCAAUACUGAUUUCUCUUUGGCGUAUGGUUCGAGGAUGCUGCUGAACAAAACUAACCUGCGACUACUGAAGGGACACAGGUAUGGUCUUUGCGGUAGAAAUGGAGCAGGAAAAUCCACCUUAAUGAGGUCCAUUGCCAAUGGGCAAUUGGAAGGAUUUCCAGACAAGGAUACCCUGAGAACAUGUUUCGUUGAACACAAACUCCAAGGCGAAGAAGGUGAUUUGGAUCUUGUUGCCUUCAUUGCUCUGGAUCCGCAGCUACAAAAUGUCUCGAAAGAGGAAAUCUCAGCAGCUCUCGAGUCAGUGGGAUUUGAUGAUUUCAGGAGAUCUCAAACUGUUGGAUCUUUGUCUGGUGGCUGGAAGAUGAAGCUAGAACUUGCUAGAGCUAUGCUGCAGAGGGCUGAUAUUCUUUUAUUGGACGAGCCCACCAACCAUUUGGACGUCGCUAAUGUCAAAUGGCUAGAAGAGUAUCUCUUGGAACACACUGAUAUUACGUCUCUUAUUGUAUCGCACGAUUCAGGAUUUCUUGACAGAGUGUGCACUGACAUUAUUCAUUAUGAAAAUAAAAAGUUGGCUUACUAUAAAGGAAAUCUGGCCGCUUUUGUUGAACAGAAGCCCGAAGCCAAGGCUUAUUACACAUUAACUGAUUCCAAUGCUCAAAUGAGAUUCCCUCCACCGGGAAUAUUGUCAGGUGUAAAAUCCAAUACGAGAGCUGUCGCCAAAAUGUCAGAUGUCACCUUUGCAUAUCCUGGCGCAGCAAAGCCUUCUUUGGCUAAUGUUUCUUGCGCCUUGUCCUUAAGUUCACGUGUUGCCAUACUUGGGCCUAAUGGUGCUGGUAAAUCUACUUUGAUAAAGUUGCUCACUGGUGAGUUAGUACCGCAAGCAGGCAAAGUGGAAAAACAUCCCAACUUGCGCAUUGGUUAUAUUGCCCAACAUGCACUACAACAUGUCAACGAACACAAAGAGAAGACGGCCAAUCAAUAUUUGCAAUGGCGUUAUCAAUUUGGUGAUGAUCGGGAAGUGUUGCUAAAAGAAUCCAGAAAGAUUUCCGAGCAGGAGAAAGAGAUGAUGGAAAAAGAGAUAGACAUUAACGAUGGUCGUGGCAAGCGUUCUAUCGAAGCCAUUGUUGGAAGACAAAAGUAUAAGAAAUCUUUCCAGUACGAAGUCAAAUGGAAAUGGUGGAAACCCAAAUAUAACUCAUGGGUGCCGAAGGAUGUGCUUUUGGAACAUGGCUUCGAUAAAUUGGUUCAGAAAUUUGAUGACCACGAAGCAUCUAGAGAAGGUCUUGGUUAUCGAGAACUUACCCCAGCUGUGAUAACCAAACAUUUCGAAGACGUGGGACUUGAUGCAGAGAUCACAAAUCAUACACCAUUGGGAUCGCUUUCUGGUGGUCAAUUAGUCAAAGUCGUGAUUGCAGGUGCUAUGUGGAAUAAUCCACAUCUUCUUGUGUUGGAUGAGCCAACCAAUUACUUGGAUAGAGAUUCUUUGGGCGCACUCGCUUUUGCAAUCCGUGAAUGGACUGGUGGUGUUGUUAUGAUUUCUCACAAUAACGAAUUUGUUGGUGCUCUAUGUCCUGAACAAUGGAUUGUCGAAAAUGGUAAAAUGGUCCAAAAGGGUGUUCAACAAGUUGAUCAUGCUCGUUUUGCUGAUGGAGGCAAUGCGAAUGCUGUUGGUCUGAACGUUGAAGCACGCGCAGCAGUUGUGGACGAUGACUCGCCUGCUAACAUUAAAGUCAAGAAGAGAAAGAAGCGUAUGACCAGAAAUGAGAAGAAAGCUCAAACUGAGCGUCGUCGUUUGCGGUACAUCGAAUGGCUUUCGUCAGCGAAGGGAACUCCAAGACCACCAGACACAGAUGACGAGGAAGAAGAUGAAGAAGAGGAGGAAAAAAAUGAUACAAAAAUCUUUAUACGGACUUUAUAG